UUUGCCCCAAAACGAGGGGGGCGUGUCCCGGCGCCCUGCCCGCCCCCCCGGGCCGUCCCCAUUGGCCGCGCCGCCGUUGUCGCGGGUGACGGGGACGCGGCGGGGCCGCCGCGCUCGGAGCGCGCCCGGGAGCGGCCGCGGGGGGGGGGGGAUCCAUGGGAGCCAUGGGAGCCACCGGGAACACCGGGAACACCGGGAAUACCGGGACCGGCGGGCAGCGGUAGAGCCGCCGCGGAUCAUGGCGGAGAGGCUGGAAUGGGUGGAGAUCAUCGAGCCUCGCACCCGGGAGCGCAUGUACGCCAACCUGCUGACGGGCGAGUGCGUGUGGGACCCGCCGGCCGGGGUGCGCAUCAAGCGCACCAACGAGAACCAGUGGUGGGAGCUCUUCGACCCCAACACCUCCCGCUUCUACUACUACAAUGCCACCACCCAGAGGACCGUCUGGCACCGGCCCCAGAACUGCGACAUCAUCCCCCUGGCCAAGCUGCAGACCCUGAAGCAGAACACGGAGUCGCCGCGGGCGUCCACCGAGAACAGCCCCGGGCGCAGCAGCAACGUCAGCAGGGAGGGGAGCACGGGGUCGUCCCUGGAGCAGGAGCUGGAUGGGGGAGGAGGAGGAGGAGGAGGAGGAGGAGGAGGAGAGAAGGUCCCGGAGCAGAGGGCGGGCAGGCAGGGCCCCCAGUACGGCCUGGGCAAGGAGGAGGUGGAGAGUUCGUCGCCUUCCGGAGUGUUCGAGAAGGAAUAUGACAUUUACCGGGAUUACAGCGCCGAGGGGCAGCUCCUGCACUACAGGACGUCGUCCCUGCGAUGGAACGCCGGCACCAAGGAGCGGAUGCUGAUCAAGGUGACGGACCGGGAGCCGAGCUUCCUCCUGCACCAGGGCAACGGCUUCGCCCCCGAGUCCCAGGCGGGGCCGCGCUCCCGCCGCCCCUCCGGCGGCCAGCAGUCCCCCAGCCUGCAGACCUUCUCCUCCUCGGACGCCGACGGCUCCGUGUUCUUCCCGGAGAGGAAGGCGUCGCCCUUCCUGAAGAGGGCCGAGCUGUCGGGGAGCUGCUCCCCGCUGCUGGGCCGGGGGGACCCCUUCUGCUCCCCGCUGCAGGCGCAGCAGCACCGCAAGCACUCGGCCGAGUCGCAGCCGUCGUCGCCGCGCUACGCCUACGAGCCGCCGCUCUACGAGGAGCCCCCCAUGGAGUACCAGGCCCCCAUCUACGACGAGCCCCCCGUGGACAUGCAGUACGAGGCCGGCGGCGGCGGCGGCUACAAGGCCGGCUCGCCCCAGAAGUCGCCGGUGCGGAAGCCGCACCCCUUCCUGCAGUCGCCCAAGCAAGGCUCCAACUCGCCCUACCAGCAGCUGGUGCUCACCAAGCAGAAGUGCCCCCCCGACCGCUUCAUGAGCCUGGAGUACAGCCCCGCCGGCAAGGAGUACGUGCGCCAGCUCGUCUACGUGGAGCAGUCGGGCUCCAGCCCCAAGAUGAAGGCGGGCCUGAGGCACAAGUACUCCCCCAACCCCAUCGGGGGCUCCUACUCGCUGCAGCACAGCCCCUGCCUGGUGCGGGACCAGCGCCUGGACGUCAAAUCCGGCGAUUACAGCAGCAUGGAGGGGCCCGACUUCUGCCCCGGCCCGGCGGCCCCGGGCGAGGACUCCAUGUCGUGGUCCAGCCAGCAGGACACCUUGUCCUCCACCGGCUACUCGCCCUCCACCAGGAAGAGGAAAAGCCGGAAGCCUUCGGUGGCCCACGAGCCCAACGCCUCGGCCGCCGACGGCCCCGGGGACAGGGAGGUGCUGGGGGAGCAGCUGCCGGGGGACGAGCGAGCCGCGCCGGGGCCCAACCGCUCGCCCAUGAACCGGACGGAGAGCAAGGCGGCCGAGGCGGAGGCGGGACGGGGCUUCCCGGAGCCCUUCCUGGCGCAGGCCCGCCUGGCGUGGGAGGCGCAGCAGGCCCACUACCACAUGAAGCAGAGGAGCAGCUGGGAUUCCCAAAAGGACGGGUCCGGCUACGAGAGCGACGGCGCCCUCCCCCUGCCCAUGCCGGGCCCGGUGGUGAGGGCCUUCAGCGAGGACGAGGCGCUGGCGCAGCAGGAGAACAAGCACUGGAAGAGGAACACCUUCGAGAAGCUGGGCUUCCCCCAGAUCCUGCUGGAGAAGAGCGUCUCCGUCCAGACCAACCUGGCCUCUCCCGAGCCCUACCUGCACCCGUCCCAGUCCGAGGACCUCGGUGCCUGCGCCCAGUUCGAGAGCAGCCGCCAGACCAGGAACAUGAUGCCGAGCGCCAGCUGCGUCUUCCCCACCUUCAACCUGCGCAAACCCUCCUCGGAGACGGACAUUGAGAACUGGGCCUCCAAGCACUUCAACAAGCACACCCAAGGGCUCUUCCGCCGCAAGGUCUCCAUCGCCAACAUGUUGGCCUGGAGCAGCGAGUCCAUCAAGAAACCCAUGAUCAUGACCAACGACCGCAACGUCAAGAAGGAGGCGUGCGAGAUCUUCAAGCUCAUCCAGAUGUACAUGGGCGACCGGCGGGCCAAGACGGACCAGCUCAACGUGGCCCUGGAGAUCGCCACCAAGGGCUGGAGCGUGCAGGGGCUGCGAGACGAGCUCUACAUCCAGCUGUGCCGGCAGACCACCGAGAACUUCCGUUACGAGAGCCUGGCCCGGGGCUGGGAGCUCAUGGCCAUCUGCUUGGCCUUUUUCCCCCCCACUCCCAAAUUCCACUCCUACCUAGAAGGAUACAUUUACCGGCACAUGGACCCGGUGAAUGACACGAAAGUGACGCGGCACAUCCGUCACCUCCUGGAAAGGACCAAUCAGAAGAAACCCAAAUUGCGAAAGAAACCCAAGCCCCAAAUCGAGGAGCGCCAUGGGGUGGCCAUCAGCACUUACGCCAAGUACUGCUACAACAAGCUCCAGAAGGCGGCUCUGACCGGGGCCAAGAAGGGCCUGAAGAAGCCGAACAUCGAGGAGAUCCGCCACGCCAAGAACGCCGUGUUCAACCCCUCCAUGUUCGGCAGCUCCCUGCAGGACAUCGUGGCCAUGCAGAAGGAGCGCUACCCCGACCGGCAGCUGCCCUGGGUGCAGACCCGCCUCUCCGAGGAGGUCCUGGCGCUCAACGGGGACCAGACCGAGGGCAUCUUCAGGGUCCCCGGGGACAUCGACGAGGUCAACGCCCUCAAGCUGCAGGUGGACCAGUGGAAGAUCCCAACGGGCUUGGAGGACCCCCACGUUCCCGCCUCCCUGCUGAAGCUGUGGUACCGGGAGCUGGAGGAGCCGCUGAUCCCCCACGAGUUCUACGAGCAGUGCAUCACCCACUACGAGAACCCCGAGGCGGCCGUCGCCGUCGUCCACUCGCUGCCCAGGAUCAACAAGAUGGUGCUGUGCUACCUCAUCCGCUUCCUACAGGUGUUCGUGCAGCCGGCCAACGUGGCGGUCACCAAGAUGGACGUCAAUAACCUGGCCAUGGUGAUGGCCCCCAACUGCCUGCGCUGCCAGUCGGACGACCCGCGGAUCAUCUUCGAGAACACCCGCAAGGAGAUGUCCUUCCUCCGGGUGCUCAUCCAGCACCUCGACACCAGCUUCAUGGAGGGCGUCCUAUAGCAGUGCCCCCGCCGCCCUCCCGCCCCCCCCGGAGCCCCCUGCCCCCCUCCGGACCCUUCGGAAUUCGGGUGGCCCCGAUCCCGUUCCCGUUCCCGGCUCGGUGGGAUUUGGGGUGGGACGGCCCCGUCCCGACCUCCCCCAGCGCCGUCACCGCCCGACCCUUCGUCACUUGGCCGCUUUUUGGGGAGGGGGGGAAGGAGGAUGGGGAUAAAACCCCCCCCCCGGAGGCGUGAGGAGCAUCGCGGCAUUCCCGGGGGAGUCCGGGGGGUCCGGGGGGUCCUUCCAUGUCUCCGGAGGGUCGGGAACGUGAGAGGCACCUCUGGGGUGAGAGGUGAACGUGGAGAACCCAAAACCAGCUCCAGGGAAGGAACGGGGGGGGGUCGAGCAGGGUGUGGGCACCUGGGGGGUUU